CAUUUUCUGCACUCACAAAACCUGUUGGAUUUUGUGUUGCAAUUAUAGAUUGAUUGGGGGAUUACUGACAUUUUUGCUGAGGCUUCCAAAUCAUGAGCAUGUCCCCCUUUUCACAGUAGCCUGGCAGCUGUCCCAACUGCCUACCGAAGCCAAAUGCUUGAAGAGAGAGAGAGUAAGGAGCCAGCCAUGAAUCUCUUCCAGAAAAAUGAGUUCAAGGAAACUCCUUUUUUACCUGUCUCCCCUGAAGAGGUACCACCUCGACCCCCCAGCUUUCCAAAGAAGCCAUCUCCGAAAAUCUGUGGCUCCAACUAUCCACUGAGUAUUGUCUUCAUUGUGGUGAAUGAAUUCUGUGAGCGCUUUUCCUAUUACGGCAUGAAAGCUGUGCUGACCCUGUAUUUCCUGUAUUUCCUGCACUGGAGUGAAGACACUUCCACAUCUGUAUACCAUGCCUUCAGCAGCCUCUGUUAUUUCACUCCCAUCCUGGGAGCAGCCAUUGCUGACUCAUGGUUGGGAAAAUUCAAGACAAUCAUCUAUCUCUCCUUGGUGUAUGUGCUUGGCCAUGUGAUCAAGUCCAUGGGUGCCUUACCAAUACUGGGGGGACAAAUGUUACACACAGUCCUGUCAAUGGUCGGCUUGAGUCUAAUAGCUUUGGGGACAGGAGGUAUCAAACCCUGUGUGGCAGCUUUUGGUGGAGACCAGUUUGAAGAAAAACAUGCAGAGGAACGGACUAGAUACUUCUCAGUCUUCUACCUCUCCAUCAAUGCAGGGAGCUUGAUUUCUACAUUUGUCACACCCAUGCUGAGAGGAGAUGUGCAAUGUUUUGGGAAAGACUGCUAUGCAUUGGCUUUUGGAGUUCCAGGAUUGCUUAUGGUGAUAGCUCUUGUUGUGUUUGCAAUGGGAAGCAAAAUAUACAGAAAACCACCUCCUGAAGGAAACAUAGUGACUCAGGUUGUGAAAUGUAUCUGGUUUGCCAUUUCCAACCGUUUCAAGAACCGUUCUGCGGACAUUCCGAAGCGAGAGCACUGGCUGGACUGGGCAGCUGAGAAAUACCCAAGGCAGCUCAUUAUGGAUGUGAAGGCACUGACCAGGGUACUGUUUCUUUAUAUCCCAUUGCCCAUGUUCUGGGCUCUUUUGGAUCAGCAGGGCUCACGAUGGACCUUGCAAGCCACCAGGAUGAAUGGGAAUUUGGGUUUUUUUGUGCUUCAGCCUGACCAGAUGCAGGUACUAAAUCCCUUUUUGGUUCUUAUCUUCAUCCCACUGUUUGACUUUAUCAUUUAUCCUCUGGUCUCCAAGUGUGGCAUUAACUUCACAUCACUUAGGAAAAUGGCUGUUGGUAUGAUCCUAGCAUGCCUGGCCUUUGCAGUUGCUGCUACUGUAGAGAUAAAAAUUAAUGAAAUGGCCCCACCCCAACCAGAUUCCCAAGAGAUUUUCCUACAAGUCUUGAAUCUGGCAGAUAAUGAGGUGAAGGUUACAGUGCUGGGAGAUGAAAACAACUCUCUGUUGGCAGAGUCCAUCAAAUCCUUUCAGAAAAUGCCACACUAUUCCAAACUCCACCUGAAGACAAAAAGCCAGAAUUUCCACUUCCAACUGAAAUAUCACAAUUUGUCUGUCUACACUGAGCAUUCUGUGGAGGAGAAAAAAUGGUACACUCUGAUCAUUCGAGAAGAUGGGAAAAGUAUUUCUAGCAUGAUGGUAAAGGAUGAAGAAAACAAAACAACCAAUGGGAUGACAGCCAUGAGGUUUGUUAACACUUUGCAUGAAGAGAUCAACAUCUCCCUGGGUACAGAUACCUCCCUCAGUGUUGAAGAAGACUAUGGUGUGUCUGCUUACAGAACUGUGCAAAGAGGAGAAUAUUCUGCGGUGCCUUGUAGAACAAAAAAUGAGGAAUUUUCACUGAAUUUGGGUCUACUAGACUUUGGUGCAGCUUAUCUGUUUGUUAUUACUAAUAGCACCAGUCAGGGUCCUCAGGCCUGGAAGAUGGAAUAUAUCCCAGCCAACAAAAUGUCCAUCGCAUGGCAGCUACCACAAUAUGCCCUUGUUACAGCUGGGGAGGUCAUGUUCUCUGUCACAGGACUUGAGUUUUCUUAUUCUCAGGCUCCCUCUAGCAUGAAGUCUGUACUCCAGGCAGCCUGGUUGUUGACAGUUGCAGUUGGGAACAUCAUCGUGCUUAUUGUGGCACAGUUCAGCAGCCUGGUACAGUGGGCCGAAUUCAUUUUGUUUUCCUGCCUCCUGCUGGUGGUCUGCCUGAUCUUCUCCAUCAUGGGCCACUACUAUGUUCCUAUAAAGCUAGAGGAUAUUCAGGGGUCAGCAGAUAAGCAGAUUCCCCAAAUCCAAGGAAACAUGAUCAACCUGGAGACCAAGAAGACAAAGCUCUAAUGACUCCCUGGACUCUGCCCAGACCCCAAUUCCUGACUCUGAUCUUGGCGAUCACCAUCUUUAAGCAUUUCUUACUCCGACUUGGUUAGAAGAGAGAAGUAGUGUCAUAUCUGAGCUAAUCUCCUCUAUUUUUCUCCCAUGAUAGAGGCAGUUCUAGGACUGGGUUUUUCAGUACAUUAUAGCAAGUCCCCUGAGACUCUAUGUCUUCCCAUCUCUCAGUGAACUCGGUAAACCUUGUGUAGUGUUGCUGAAGCUGGCCUGCUACCUCCAAAUGGCCAUGAAAAACACAAAUGUAAAAUUGAGGUUAGUCUCUGUGGUUAUCAAAGUUAUGUAGGAAUUGUUUUACCUACCAUUUAGAACUGAUGACCCCACUUUUUGAAGUGCUGAUUUAGAGGCAAAAUUGCAGAAUAACAGAGAAAUGGUAUUUCAAGUUUCUUCAUUAGCAGUGUAAUUGUACUGUGUACAAGGACCUCAAGAAUUGGUAUGUCUGGUGUGAUCUGGUCCAGGGCCUGGCUUCUCAGGUAUCCAGAUUUGAUAAGACCGUAGUUAAUUUUUCAGUACAGAUAGUAGGAAACAAAAUGACAUUUUAUUAACACAUAGGAGAAGAUAUAUCUUUCUGAUAAUUACAGUAUUUUAUCCACUAACCCAAAUCCCCUUUCUCAGUACUGAUAGAUAUUUGGAAACCAAAUUAAAGAUAGUAAACAUGGCUCUGGAAAAGAGAACAAGUAUAAAUUGCAGAAGUCCUGAUGAGCCAUUUCUUCUACAGUGUACAUUCUUCUUAGGGACUACAAUGUUUCAGCCCUAGAGUACGCCCUCCUGUGGACAGCUGUGUAGACACUAAUUAUAAUUUUCCACCCCUACCUUUUCAAUGUUGUUGGGCCAGCUUUGUCUUAUUAUUACAUCAUCUUGCUUAUUGCAACAAGUAUUUAAUAACAACAGUAUUUUUAUGAACAUAACUUCCUUUUUUAUUAGUACUUCCUUCGGCCUCAAAGUAGUGGAUCUGUUUUGAUAAUUUUUCCUGUUUUACUUUUCCCAAAAUUUUUAAAUGCCAUUUCUUCAUUUAGGCCUAGAUUUUCCUGUUUAUUAAAAAAAAAAAGUUAUAUUAAUACUCUAGGUUUGAGCUUCUAAAAUGGCAGUGCUCCAUGGGGGACAUGGUCCCAUAUCAGGAUUCUAACAAAAUGUGGGGGUUGAGGGAAGGAGUGGUAGAACAUGACAGGUUUUUGUUUGUUGCUGUGUUGGCGAAAGAAGUUGAGAAAUAUUACCUUGCACACAAUGAAUGAAUCAGUGGACAGACAUGGGAAUAUCAUGACUCUGCAGUGUAUUGCUGGGGGAAAAGUUCAGAACAGUUGUCCUAGAGAGCCUCAUUUCCAUUGGUUUUGCUCCAUUAUUCUCAUCUAGAACUGUGUUGAGUCAGUCUCACGUUAUAAACGUAACAAGGAAAGUUGCUUAAGUUUCCCAAGCUUUAAUACUCUAGUCUUAGUUACCAAGUUUUCCGAAGUACCGAAGUGACAGCAACAUCAUCCAGUUUCCACAGAUAUCUUAAUGUGAACCUGACUGUGCUUCUUCAGAAGAUUCUCUGUUCAUUUUUGAGCAGCUUUAACUCAAUCUGUUCUAUGAACUAUUGUUUCAAGAGAUAGUAACAGUGCUCUGUGAAUAAAAGUUUUUAUGGAU